CUUUUUUUUGCUCUUGUUCUCAAUAGCUGACGAGGCUAUUAUUGAAGGUAUCCAAGUUUAUAGGAUCUUGGCCGUGGAUAUUUUCACAGCUAAUUGGCUAAACAAAUGGCGGCUUCUGGACGUAUUAUUCGAGGAAUUUCCUCUCUUGUUUCUCGAAAAUGCUGUUCUAGCUUCUUUCCUAACAAAUCACCAAUCUUGUCUUCGAAUGCAUUUUUCCGGUAUAACUCUACGGAAUCACGACCCACUGUGAGGAAAAAUGAUGCUGUUGCCACCUCAGGUCUUAUGGACUUUGGAUUAUAUGUAGCUGAAUGUAUGCCAAAGUAUGUACAAAAAGUACAGAUAGUAACAGGCAAUGAACUGGAGGUUCUUGUUGCUCCUGAUGGAAUUGUCCCUGUUCUUCAGUUUCUGAAAGAUCACCAUCAAUGCCAGUUUGCUAGUUUGGCUGAUAUUGGAGCUAUGGAUGUGCCAUCAAGGGAGAAUAGAUUUGAGAUCAUUUAUAAUCUCCUGUCUCUACGGUAUAAUUCUCGGAUACGUGUCAAAAGUUACACGGAUGAACUGACUCCAGUUGACUCUUGCUAUGAAGUUUUCAAAGCUGCUGACUGGUAUGAAAGAGAAAUAUGGGACAUGUAUGGAGUUUUUUUUGCAAACCAUCCUGAUUUACGGCGAAUUUUGACUGAUUACGGAUUCGAAGGGCAUCCCUUUCGCAAGGAUUUCCCUCUCACUGGAUACGUUGAAGUGCGUUACGAUGACGAAGUAAAGCGUGUCGUUGUUGAGCCUGUAGAAUUGGCGCAAGAGUUCAGAAAAUUCGAUCUUUCAAGCCCAUGGGAGACGUUUCCCAAUCUUCGAACGCUUCCUGCUGGUACCGAGGAAGACCUGAAAGCUACCCAAACUGGUCCAGCAAAGCAAUAAUGAAAAUGAUUUAUUGCGUUUCAUUUGACAAGAGUGGCUUUAGUAGGUGUACAAAUAAUAAAUACAGUAACAACCUGUAAGAGAA